UCGCCCUGCCCCCGCGGGCCGGGCAGCCGGGGGCGGACGGCAGGGGUGUGCGGCGAGGGGGAUUAGCGGGACGCCGCGGCCCCGCCUUCCCCCCUCGCAUCCCGGGCGCGAUGAGAGGGUGAGAUGGACCCGAGCCGGCGGGACUGGCACCAUGACAUUCGCCGGCUUCGUGGUAGCGCUGGUGAUAGGGGCGAUCCCCGGAGCCCGCGGACCGGGGCAGGUCUCCGCCAGCCUCCCGGCCGCCCGCCCCCCGCAGCCCCCCCGCGGCCGCGCUGACUGCGAGCGAGGGUCAGUGAGACUCCGGGGAGGCAAGAAUGAGUUUGAAGGUACAGUGGAGGUUUAUUUGAAUGGAAUCUGGGGAACAAUCUGUGGGAGCCAAUGGGACAAUAAUGAUGCGACAGUUGUAUGUCGACAGCUUGCACUGGGGGAAAAAGGUACAGCAAAACACAUACCGUUUUCUGGACUAGGCCUUAUUCCUGUUUUCUGGAGUGAAGUGCAUUGUCGUGGUGAUGAAGAAAAUAUACUGYUAUGUGAAAAGGACACCUGGCAGGAUGGGACAUGUUCUCAAAAAAUGGCAGCUGCUGUCACAUGUAGCUCCUCCCUGGCCCCUGUCUUCACUCCAAUCCGGCUGGCUGGUGGGAGCAAUGCCCACRAAGGAAGAGUGGAAGUCUACCAUGGUGGCCAGUGGGGGACAGUCUGUGAUGACCAGUGGGAUGAUGCAGAUGCUGAAGUUGUCUGUCGACAGCUUGGCCUUGGGGGUGUUGCCAAGGCAUGGAGCCAGGCUUACUUUGGAGAAGGCUCUGGCCCCGUGCUGCUGGAUGAAGUGCGGUGCACAGGAAAUGAACUCUCCAUAGAACAGUGCCCAAAAAACUCAUGGAGAGAACACAACUGUGGCCACAAAGAAGAUGCUGGUGUUUCCUGCACACCUCUCACAGAUGGUGCACUAAGGCUCGCAAGUGGGAAGGGCAGUCACGAGGGCCGCCUGGAGGUCUAUCACAAGGGGCAGUGGGGCACGGUCUGCGACGAUGGCUGGACAGAGCUGAACACACAGGUGGUUUGCCGGCAGCUGGGAUUUAAGUAUGGGAAAAGUGCAGCUAUGGAAAAGGAGAGCUAUUCAGAAGGAAGCUCUGGGCCCAUCUGGUUGGAUGAUGUGAUCUGCUCCGGGAAGGAGACAAACCUUCUGCARUGCUCCCGGAGGGAGUGGGGAAAGCACGACUGCAACCAUCAGGAGGAUGUCAGACUCAUCUGCCACCCAGAAAACGACAGCCACAAGCUCUCACUUGGUCCUCCCAUCAGGCUGAUGGAUGGUGAGAAUAAGAAGGAAGGACGYGUGGAGAUUUUUAUCAAUGGCCAGUGGGGCACAAUUUGUGAUGAUGGAUGGUCUGAUAAGGAUGCAGCUGUAGUCUGCAGACAGCUUGGCUACAAAGGUCCAGCUAGAGCAAGGACAAUGGCCUAUUUUGGUGAGGGCAAAGGCCCRAUCCAUGUGGAUAAUGUGAAGUGUACAGGAAAUGAGAGAUCCUUUGCAGACUGCAUUAAACAGGACAUUGGGACACACAACUGCCGGCACAGCGAGGAUGCGGGGGUCAUCUGCGACCACCUAAGCAAGAAAGUCCUUGGGAACAGCAAUAAAGAUUCUCUUGCUUCUGUUUGUGGACUGAGGUUACUUCAUCGUCGACAAAAGMGAAUAAUUGGUGGGAAAAAUUCUUUACGGGGCGGCUGGCCGUGGCAGGUGGCACUGAGGCUGAAAUCCUCACAUGGUGAUGGGAGACUCCUGUGYGGUGCCACUCUCAUCAGCAGCUGCUGGGUCCUCACUGCUGCACACUGCUUUAAAAGGUAUGGCAACAACACUCGCAAUUACGUGGUGCGGGUUGGAGACUAUCACACGCUGGUGCCAGAGGAGUACGAGGAGGAAAUCGGAGUCCRGGAGAUUGUGAUGCACAAGGAGUACAGGCCUGACAGCAGCGACUACGACAUUGCCUUGGUGAGGCUGCAGGGGCCUGAGGAACAGUGUGCAAGGUUCAGCACCCACGUCUUGCCUGCCUGCUUGCCACUGAGGAGGGAGAGACCACAGAAAACUGCUCCCAACUGUUUUAUCACUGGAUGGGGUGACACAGGACGGGCUUACUCAAGAACAUUACAACAGGCUGCCAUCCCCUUACUUCCCAAGAAGGUKUGUGAAGAGCGCUACAAAAGGAGAUUCACAGGAAGAAUGCUCUGUGCUGGAAAUGUGCAGGAACAGAAACAUGUUGACAGCUGUCAAGGAGACAGCGGUGGACCACUGAUGUGUGAACGCCCAGGGGAAAGCUGGGUWGUGUAUGGUGUGACCUCCUGGGGCUAUGGCUGUGGGGUAAAAGAUUCCCCAGGUGUCUACACAAAAGUAUCGUCUUUCGUACCCUGGAUUAAAAGUGUGACCAAACUAUGAACGUCCGUAAUGAAAACCAAACUUUGAGGCAGGACAACUUGAACAGCACAUGCAGUGCACAGCUGGGGCCCACAGUGGGUGGAAACAGACAUUUCCUGAUUCAUGUGUUUUUCCUUUUAUUAAAUCCAAGCUGUAUACACACRACCCUUCCAGUUAGGGAUUACUGUCCUCCCUGUUCCAGUUAAAAUAUUGCAUGAACAAGUUACCAUGUAUCUARGGGGAAAAGUCAUUGCCAGUUUAGAGUAACACUGGAGCAGGACAGCUGGAGACUUCACUGAGACUCACUGCCCACAAGACUACGGCUCCAAGCUAUUUAUGCUUAAAGCUUCUCCAUGAUUAAUUAUAGUUCGCCAUUAAUCUUUAGUUUAUUUAAUCUAUUAUUCCUAUGAUUUUACACUCAGUCCCCUAAAUCUGACUCACGUUUCAAUAGCUAAUGAGACCAUUACUAUAUUGAUUCUUGCUAAGUAAUUCUGAGUAUAUAUUAAACACAAGAAGGGAAAUAAUGAUCAAUAAUCAGAUCCCCAGCUAGUUUGCUAAAUGUCCUCACAGAUUAGUGUGCACAAAGUACAUUCCCAAGUAAAACAGGUAGUACACUGAGAGUUUCCCCACAAACAUCCUGCACAGCUGACAAACCAACCACUUAUUUUCUUUCCUCCACGUAAGUAACAUUUGUAGUAUUUCUGAAAUUCAUAAUUUUGASUAUAUACAGCAUUUUGGAGAGGAGUCAUUGUUCCUAUUUGCCUCUAGCUGUCAGUACAGUGUCACACUAACAAACAUCUCAAUUCUCUCAUUGCUGAGCUCUCCUCAGGUAAUCCUACCAGAGAAAGUUACACAUUCAAUGAAGUUGUUKAGCCAAAACUCAGUCUGAAGUCUGAAAAAGUCUAUGAAGUCUUAAACUAUGUUUUCUACACGAUAUUUAGACAGCUCUCUCCUGCUUAGUUGCAACACUGGUUCAGACUGAUCUCACAGUAAUGUUUUAAGAAUUUCAGUGUCUUCUAAAGCAUUGAGACACCUUGAUGUUGUUCCUUUUGCAAGUACUGUUCUCCAUGCUUUGAAAACCCUAACAACUUAUAAUAAAAAUGUAUUGAUAASCAGCUUACUGUCCUUCUAGAAAGGGCCACCACACUGAACCCAGAACACAACACUGAAGGGCAUCAAUCUAGAAAUCACCUGUGAACUGACACAGUGGAGCCAGGACAGCUCAGCACUACCUCUACAAUCCCUGUCAAAGGCCAUACUGAGUACCUCCAAGCAUGCUCUAUGUAUCACAUUAACAAUCAUGCUCAAAACUCAACUGAAAGCUCUGUGGGCCAUGAAACACUCCAGUGUAGCAAGUGUGGCAGAUGAGUGUCACCACAUAGUGAUUGUGCAAACUGUGAUUACCAGUGACUGUUUCCCUGUUUCCYAUUGCCCAAGCUGGCUAUGACUAUGUUGUGUGGUGUUUUGUGAARAAGUGAGGUGCAUUCAUGCUGUAARUGGGCAAUCAUUCAUUUCUGUAUGGUUCUGUUUCUCUGCUGUUGUAAUAUCCAAGACAACUCAAUUACAYCUGAAGUGGCAAUGAUAUUGCAGAAGCCCAUGUGAUUGAACAUUUGGCCCUUAAUCACUCUGACCUCAAACUUMAGCUUUCAAGGGUCAUGACUAGUUUAAAUUAUUGUAACUGGUGCUAAACUAGUACAUGAGGUGCUUGAAUAUAUUUUAGUUCUCUGUAAUUCCACACUAUUUGAAAUAGUGUGAAAUAUUUAAAACCAUCAGAAAUCACAGUACUGUGACCACCUGUUAGACCAAUGUGAAACACCGUGCUAGUGAACUUUGAAACCAUUAUUUUCAUUUCUAUAUAGCCCUUGAUUAGAGGGGAAGUCAGUCUGUCAAACUUUAUCUACUUGUAAAAUCUGAACUUUGCUGCAAAAGACCUGCUAAGACUUGUGGUGAAGUAGACUACAUAGUGCAAUUUAUGCGUUGUAUACAGGGGAAAUAAAAAUCUUUUACUAGUUGCACCACAGAAACAAGAUACUUUGAGGGGGAGGGAGACUUAAGCCUGCAUACUAAGUGGAGUUAACUAGAUUUAGUACAGUACUUUUGUUAGUUUUGCUCUUUUAAUAGAAUGCUUUAUUAGAUUUUAACUGUUGCACUGUCUCCAUGGUAAGCAUGCCUUUUCAGUUYAUAACAUAAAAUGAAAUUGUCUCCAUCUUAUGCCAUUCUCGUUUUUGUUCAGUGAGCUUGAUGRUGUACAUGUAUACAAUAAAAACUGCCACACUGACU